GGGAUUUUUGGGGCAUGCGCACUGGAAGUCACUAGUAGUAUCCGAGUGAAGUACUGUUCGUCAUGGUCGUCUUUUAUCUUUUAACCUUAAAAUAAGUAGACAGUUUUUAAGUAACUUCUAAAUUAAAAAUGGCAGAAUUAGAAUUUACAGAAGAAGAAUUGUCACAAAAACAUAAAAAGGAACGGAAGGACUUACAGGCACAAAUACAAACGCUAAAGAAAUCAAUUUGCAAAGGUGACAAGAAGAGGAAGAAGGAAGUAACUGAAGAAAUUGGCCGCCUGGAAGAAGUCUUAGACAAAAAGCAGGAAGAUGAAUUAAUUAGAUGGAGAGUUACACAUCUUAAUAUAAAUAAUAUGGAAGAUGAAGAUAUAGAAAAUAGUAAUAAUGAAAGUAUAAAAGAUAAUAAACAGUCCGAACAGCCAACAAGUAGGAUUUCAAAAGCACAAAAGAGAAGAGACAAAAAAGCAAAUGCUGAAAGAGAACGCAACCAAAGAAUUAUAGAACAAGAAGCAUUAAAUGUCUUUGGAAAAAGGAAUGUAGAAUUGCAAACUAUCAAAAAAGUUCUUUUUGAACGUGGUUUAAUGGUUUAUGAGAUUCCAAGUGAUGGCCAUUGUUUAUACAAUGCUGUUGCACAUCAGCUAAAAGUUAUAGGAGAAGCUCCACUGAAUUUUCGUGAACUUAGAACAAAAACUGCUAUAUACUUGAGAGCAAAUAUGAACGAAUUUCUACCAUUCAUUUCUAAUGCAGAAUCUGAUGAUUUGCUGUCACCAGAACAGUAUGAGAAAUAUUGUGAUGAUGUGGCAGAUACAAGUGCUUGGGGAGGAGCUAUUGAGCUCCAAGUUCUUUCUCAUGUAUUGAAAUGUCCAAUAGAAGUCAUUCAGGCAUCUGGUGUUCCAUAUGUUAUUGGUGAUGACUAUAAAAUUGAAAAGAAGAUGAUACUGACUUAUCAUCGUCACAUGUAUGAACUAGGAGCUCACUAUAAUUCUGUUACGAAAUACGUAAAAGAGGAAGAAAGUUGAUAGAGAUGGGUAUUACGUUUGGCUAAUGUGUGUAAAAGAAAAAUUCAGCAUAUUUCUUAAAACUUUUUAUUAUAAUGUAUAUCAACCAUUUAAAGAGCUGCCACAGUUAAGUGUCCGGGAAACAUAUCAAUUACAUCUCAAAUUAAUAAUUCAAUGUUUCUCUGGUAACUGUAAUCAAUAUACACUUACAAGUCUCAUGUUAAUAAUAACUUAGGUCUAAGGUAACAAGAAUAGGUCUUCCUUCGUGGUUCUUUUAUAAACGAAUA